AUGGAGUACGACUACACCAAAGAUGUCGACGCCGCCCUCCCAAAUGCCGAUAUUCUUGCCAAGACUGGAAACGUGGCGGGUGCUGUCGAGUCGUUGAACACACUGGAGAAGCAGUCGCGUCUCGGCAGUGAUAUGAAGAGCAAUGCCCGCGUCGUUCAACAUAUGGUCCAGAUGUGCUUUGACGGGAAACAAUGGGAUCUGCUAAACGAGACAAUUCUGGCAUUGUCGAAGAAGCGGCUUCUCAUCAAGGUGGCCAUCGCUCGAAUGAUUUACGUGGAAGUGGAACGGGCUCGUUUGACGUCGUAUGUCGUCAAGAAGCUUGAGGCACAAGGAAAACUGGAGGAGGCGGCGACGAUGCUUCUCGAGCUCCAGGUCGAGACGUACGGCAGUAUGGAGGUCAAGGAGAGGGUGGAAUUCCUUCUGGAACAGAUGCGACUAUCUGUCGCUCGUGAAGACUACGUUCGUGCCAGCAUCAUUGCCAAGAAGAUCAGCACCAAGUUCUUCACCAAGGAACCUGUUGAGGAUCAGGUGCAAAAUCUGAAGCUCAAGUUCUACGAGUUGAUGAUCACCGUCGGCCUGCACAACAACAACUAUUUGGACGUGUGCCGCCACUACAGGGCAAUCCAAGAGACGCCAAAGAUCCUCGGCGAUCUGGAGAAGAACAAGAUGGCCCUGAAGUGUGCCGUCAUCUACGUGCUGUUGGCCCCGCAUGGCAAUGAGCAAUGGGAUCUCGUCCAUCGCCUCGUUCAGAUGCGCGAUUUGGAGUCGAUCCUCGAGUAUAAGAAAUUCCUCGAGCUGUUCAUCAACCAGGAGAUCAUCAGCUGGACCGAGUUGGGCAAGACGUACCAAGCACUCCUUCGUGUCGGCACUCCCGCCAAUCCUGCCACUGGGAUUUUCGACGACUCGGCCAAUGGCAACAAACGUUGGGAGGAUCUGCACGUACGCGUUGGAGAACACAACCUGCGCAUGGUGUCGAAGUACUACACGCAGAUCACGUUCGACCGCCUGGCCGAGCUGCUCGAUUUCCCUGUGGCUGAGAUGGAACAAUUCCUGUGCAAUCUGAUCGUCAACGGCAUGAUCCCGAAUGCGAAGAUCGAUCGCCCGAAUCGUAUCGUCAAUCUGAAGGCCAAGAAGGCACACGUCGACCAUCUCGAUCAAUGGGCCGACAAUGUGCGACGAUUGACCGACACCCUCAACAAGGUCUCGCAUCUGAUCCUGAAGGAAGAGAUGGUGCACAAGAAUCUCGAACAAGUCUCCGCCAUCCAU